AUGCCAGCCUCAACUGUGUUUAUCUGGAACGAGCUGUUCGAAAACAUUUCUGUGCCCGCCCAGGCUUCCUGCACGAGAGCCAUCCGGACUGCGCAAGCAGUCGUCAAGGAUCUGGGUGAGGAGAAGGCUGGCGAGAUAGGUGGGCUGCUCCGGCUUUCGAAGUGCUCGACAAAGAACCCUGAAAGGGAUGCUCAUUCUGUAUUGUCGAAGCGGCUGGGUUUAGCUCUUGAUAUUCCAAUUCGGACAAUUUCGGUGACAAGCGAAGAGUGCGAAGAUUCUGAUACAACGCAUUUGGAAAUUCAGAGGCUGUCCCUCGUUGACUGGGCUUCCCUUCUGCUGAAAACGAACACAUGGCAUAUUCUUGCGGGCCUUUUGAAGCCUGAUGCCAAACGUGAAAGAUGCAUAUGGACAGCAUUCUGGAAGGCCUACGAAACUCUUGAACCGGCUCACCCCGUUUUUGCGAUGGCGCGAAGCAACCAGAUCGACCUCAGUACGAAUAGUGCAAACAGGAAGUCCGUGAAGAAGCCUUAUUUGAAGAUGAAGCUGAAUUACAAAGGACACACCUACUGUUCGAGGAUGCUCGCAGGCGUACUUCCGAAGCGCUUGUACCAGGACAAUGACGAGGUUUUCCAGGCCUUGUUGAGGGCAACGUGUGAGGAUGCCCGCACCAUGAUUUCAGAUGGAGUGCUGAGUAACACCGGAGAUCGUCAUUGGAUUGCAUGCUUGUCGACGGUCGGCGAUUGGCCGUUUUUACAGAAGGCCGGCGGCUUGACACGCACUUUCAAUAAUGUGGUGAAGCGGGUUGAUCAAGUUGCUUCUGGUAUUUGUCACUGGUGCGACUGCGGUCCGGAUUCCUUACCUUUCGAGCGUUUUUCUACAAGGCGACCGGAUUGGAUGGGAACUUUGUUUACCACUUCACCAUUUCUUCAGUCGCCGGCUUCGUCAGUGAUUCCCCAUGCUCCUGGCAAACUCGCUUCCACUUUCCAGUUUGACCUUUUUCAUAAUUGGCACCUGGGAGUGGGGCGCAACUUUUCUGGAAGUGCCCUGGUGCUCCUAAGCGACUUGCAUGAUGGAAACGUGGAGGAACGUUUCGCUCAAGUGACCAUUCAGUACAAAGACUGGUGCAAACGAACAGGUCACUCGCCAAUCAUGAGCAAGAUCCACAAGGACAACAUACAAUGGGGUUCGACUUCCGAGUUUCCGACCGGGACGUGGUUUAAGGGCGGUGUCACGACGAACAUGGUGCUUUUCUUCGAAGAUUGCAAAGAUUUGAGCGACGAGCCGCUGUUUCGACUCGCGAUCCAGGCGGCCCAGGCGAUCAAUGAGUUUCUGAAGCUGCUGUAUUCGUCGGACGUUUGGUUGCCUCCUGCGGUCGCUCGCCGAGCUGCUGAACUCUUGUUCAGGUUUCUCCGGAGAUACGAAGCAUGCGCAAGACUUGCAUUUCAAGAAAGCCGGACUCUGUUCGUUUUGCAGCCGAAACUUCACACGUUGCAGCACGCAGCAGUGGUUCUGUUGCAACGGGCCAAUGCAAGUUUGGAGGCUCUCAACCCUUUGGUCUUCGCUUCCCAAAUGUCGGAGGACUUCGUGGGACGCCAGAGUCGCUUAUCCAGACGGGUAGCGCCGCAGCAAGCGAUCAAGAGAGUGAUCGAACGGUACUUACAGGCGGCAUACUCGGAGUUCGUGGCGUCUGGGUACUUCGUGCUGCCGGCGGCGCGACAUGACUCCUUGCAGUCUGGUAUUGCUGAACGUAACGACUAUCCUCGUUGCAAGUCCAACUCUCAGUCAGCACCGUGUAUGGAAGUCCUCCACAAGGAGCUCUUGACUGCAGCCGGUGUUGCAUCCUUAGGUGGCAUGAUGGCCGUGCAUGGCCCCUGGCCAUCACUGGAGGGUCUUACAAGCCUGGAGUGGGCCUGUUUGGCCGUUGUGUUCACCGUCGCACGGUGUCUCCUCACGCAGAAGGUAAUGUCUCCUGCGCAGGGUAGAAGGCCGGGUGCACUCAUCGUUUCAAAGCUGGUGCUGUUGGCAGCUUUCACUGUCGGCAUAGAACUGUCACUGUACAAUGAGUGGCAUGGAUUUUGGUCCAUUCCAUGGCUCCCUCGCCCCGGUCCUGUCUUUCGACUUGUGGCUGUCAUAGGCAUUUGCGAUGCUUGCAGCGUCAUCGGGACUACCAGGUUGAUUCAGAUAACGUCAGCUGCAUUUGGAGCGCUGCUGGUACCGUUCCAUACGGUUACUUUGCUGCCUAUUGAGUCCUUGAACAGCUCCAUUUCGGUCAUCAACUGGUUGGGGCUGGUUCUCUGCGUCACAUCCGCAGUCAUGUACUUCAAGGCGCGGCAGAGCACUGCAGAACACCCUGCAGGCUACUCCACACUGCCGCCUCAUUAG